AUGUCUCAAAGAAAGGUGUGUCCGUAUUUUCAAAAUGGCAAUUGCCGCUACGGAAACCGAUGUCACAAUCUCCACAUCAAAAAUGGGCAUGAGGAUCUGAAGAGUUUCACAUCUGCUUCGUCUUUGCAAGCGAAAACAGAGGAUAUAAGAAAAAAUAUCGAUGGCAUACUGCCUGAUGUUCGCAACGGUGCCAUACUUACUGCUUUUAGCUUGCCUCCGCCUGCUAAUGUGAACGUCAUAAGCGGAAGAGACAUGUCGUACGAGGAAUUGCGGCUUCACUACUAUCGAGACCCUGAUACAGCCGUUCGUGAAUAUAAUAGUCGAAAACAAGACAUGAUCAAGUGCCUGGAAUUUGUGCGAAAAGAUGCCCAAAAGGCAGCUAGGUACCUUCAACUAGCAGCAGAGAAAAAUCCAGCAGAUGUCAAACCGUUCAUCAAUUUCUCUAUUGAUACGAACGCCGCUCCAUCCUCAACAGCAUCCUUACCGUUUGGAAAUCGAACUUCGUCGCCUUUCAAUCAGCAGGGCUCCUCUUUCGGUUCCACUAAAAAUCCUUUUGGGGCCCCUGCAGCGCAAUCUAAUCCUUUCGGCUCGGCAGCGACAACUAAGUCCAACCCAUUUACAUCGACCGGCAGUCCUGCUUUUGGAAGUGCAGGUUUUGGGUCCAGACCCAACCCCUUUGGAUCACAAACCAACACAAACAGCGUAUCUAAUCCAUUUGGUAGCUCCUCAGGAGCCUCUUCAGCUUUUGGCAAAACAGGUUUUGGACAGCAAAUGGGGGCUUUUGCAAGUGCCAAACCAAAUCCAUUUGGAGGCCAAUCCAAUGCAUCUGCAAACACUACCAGUCCUUUUGGUGCUUUCUCUGGCAACACAAUUAGUUCUGCACGGCUUCCACUCCUUUUGGGGGCCAAACUAGUACGGUCCAGCCAAGUCCUUUCGGAGCAGUAUCACAGUCCACUACGGCUAACGCUGGUCCUUUUGGAAACCAGCAAGCAUCUUCUGCUUUUGCAAAAAGCGGGUUUGGUGCAUUUGGGGCCCAGAAGAGCAGUCCUUUUGCACAGCCGUCCGCCAGGGAUAGUCCCUUUGGCCAGGCUGUGGCCAACAGCGGCAGCAGCUCGUCACCUUUCCAGCAGUCAUCAUCACCUUUUGGACAGGCUGAAAACUCGCCGUUUGGCCAACCAAAUGUGUCAUCUUUUGGACAAACGACAAAGCCUAGCCCUGCAGCAUUCAAACAGGCUGGAAUAG